AACGGCCGAAGCAGCGAGACAACUGGGUAGGAGCGGCUGCGGUGCGUCGCCUGCGCCAUGGAGAGCGGCGGCCUGUGGGGGGUGCUCGGGCAGGCGUCGAACGUGGCGCAGCUGGUCGGCGUCGACGCGCUCGGGCUGGUCUCCAUGGUGGUGCAGGCGGCGCUGGCGGCGCGCCACCACCGGGACGCGUGCAGGCGGCUGGGGCAGCACGUGGAGCUCGUCGGCGGCCUGCUGCGGGAGCUGGAGAUCGCCGAGCUGAUGCGGCGAGAGGCCACCCGGCGGCCGCUCGAGCAGCUCCGGGGCGCGCUGCGGCGGUGCUACGCGCUCGUCACGGCGUGCCAGGAGGACCGCGGCUACCUCCACCGCCUGCUCCUCGGCGCCCGGACGGCCGACGAGCUCCGCGCCGCGCAGCACGAGAUCGACAUGUACAUCCGCCUCAUCCCUCUCAUCGCCCUCGUCGACGGCAGCAGCAAUCGUCGAGACAAGCCUGCUAUGGAGGGGGUGGCUGAUGCAGUCAAAGACAGCUCAAAUCGUCACAUCAGUUUUCCAGCAAGAGUUUCGGGGUUCACUGAGAUACUUCUUCAAGGAGAUAGUAUACUUUGCAAUGAUGGGGAACAACCUUUAGGAACAGUGGACCAGCAAGAACAGAAAACCCUAGACAUUGAAGAACUGGUGGAUCUUUGUGCUUGUAUAGAAGAGAGCUGUCCAGGAUUCUCAAAGUUCAAUUACUUUCAGAUUGUGCAUGCUACAGAUAAUUUCUCAGAUAAUAGCAAUAUUGGACGGGGUGGAUUUGCUACAAUUUAUAAGGGGCAGUUGCCCAAUGGGCUUGUGGUUGCCAUCAAAAGACUCAAUGAACAUGCACAAAAGUUCGAUUUCAAGAGUGAAUUGCAGCUUGCAAGGAUUCAGCACACUAAUCUGAUUAAGUUAUUGGGUUGGUGUAUCCAUGGGAAAGAAAGGAUACUAGUGUAUGAGUUUGCUAACAAGGGUAGCUUGCACCAUUACAUCUUUGACAAAACGAGAAAAUCAUUGCUAGACUGGCCUAAGCGACUGAAUAUAAUAAAAGGUGUUGCAGAGGGUCUUGUCUAUCUACACACACAUUCCAUGUUAUGGAUUGUCCAUAGGGAUUUGAAACCAGAUAAUGUCCUCUUGGAUUAUAACAUGAACCCAAAGAUUUCCGAUUUCGGAUCAGCCAGAUCACUGAGUUCAGAUGUUGCAGAAGGGCAUACAAGCAGGGUUGUGGGCACUAGUGGUUUCAAACCUCCCGAAUAUGCAUCUCGGGGAGUUUAUUCAGUGAAGACAGACGUGUUUAGCUUCGGUGUCUUGGUUCUAGUGAUCAUUAGCGGACGAAAGAAUUCCAUUCUUGACAAGCAAAGGGAUACUGUAGGUGAUCUUGUACGAGAUGCUUGGCAUAUGUGGAGGGAGGGAAGGUUACAUGAGCUUGUAGAUCCGUCAUUAGGCAGUGAGUAUGAACUUGCUCAGAUAUUGCGAUGCAUUCAAGUGGCAUUGCUUUGUACCCAGGAAGAUCCAACAGUUCGGCCCACCAUGCCGGAUGUCGCCGCAAUGUUGAGCUCUGGAGGCAUGAUCUUACUGAAUGAUCUUAAUCUGCCGGCUGAGCUGAGCUAUGAAGUGAAGGAAGGUGACAUGGCAUCUACAUGUGUGAGUCAGACAAGCCAAACAGUAGAUAUAACCAUCACAAGUUCAGCUCCAGUUUCAACUAGGGUUCGGAUCAUUAUAGCACAAGAGGUGAUUUGAUACCAGCCGGAAAAUGGUUCAAUAACAAAGCACGGGUUCCAGCCAGGGGAUCGUGGAUCACCCAAUGGGCACGUGGAUGUUGAUAUUAUGAUGUACACUGUAUAUGCGAAAUCAUCCACGUGCUCCGUAAUAUAAUAUGUUUUGACUAGACAAAUUUAUCCAAGGAUCAAUGAGUAUAUUUUAUAUGUAUUUAGAUUUAUUAGCAUCUAUAUGUAUCUAGGGAUGGUUGACGAUGUAAAAUUCACACCAACAAGCUGAAGGCCUGAGGUAUUUGCUUGACUGUAGUGCAGUCCCUAAAAUCUGAGGUUCGAGGCGUAAACAUAUGUAAUUGACAAGAAAACUAAAAAAAUUGGUUGGAUUAACUAACCAAUCGGCCAAUAGGUUGAUGGGAUUUGUUGUGAUCAGCCAAUUGAUCUAGAAACAUUGUAAUAGGUUAAUCGGCAUAUUACCCAUAUGAAGGAAA